UGUGGCCCAGGGGGCGUGGUCAGGGGAGGGUUGCGUCCCGGCCGGUCAGACCCGCUCCUUCUUCUCAGAGGGCGCGCUCGGCGGCGACGCAACGCGCAUGCGCGGGUUGAGCGAGUGGUCUUCCGCCGCCAUGGAGCCCGGGCUGGAGGAAAGGAGAAUAUCCCUGUGAAGACAGGGCAUGCAGCAUGAUGGAUUCAGAAGACCUUGUUCUUCAGAAGUCAAAGACAGACCAAACUGGCCACCACACGGUAACUGUGAGCUCAGGCAAGCAUUAUGUCUGUGGCUACUGUGCGGCCAUCACAAACGUCGCCAUCACUUUCCCCAUCCAGAAAGUCCUGUUUCGUCAGCAGCUGUAUGGCGUGCGAACCAGAGAUGCCAUACGCCAGCUGCAGAAAGAUGGCCUCAGGAACCUGUACCGUGGGGUCCUUCCUCCACUGAUGCAGAAGAGCACAACCCUGGCUUUAAUGUUUGGUCUGUAUGAAGAUUUUUCCUCCCUGCUCCUCAUUCACACAAGCGUCCCUGAGCUUCUCACCCGGAGCGUGGCUGCGGUGCUUGCUGGAACUACAGAAGCUGUUCUGACCCCCUUUGAGCGUGUCCAGGUGCUGCUUCAGGACUACAAACAUCACGAUAAAUUUACGAACACUUUCCAGGCGUUCAGGGUUCUUCGAGAGCACGGGAUCAGGGAGUAUUAUCGGGGGCUGGUGCCGAUCCUUCUGCGAAACGGUCCCAGCAACGCACUUUUCUUUGGCCUUAGAGGACCUAUCAAACAGUGCUUGCCUGAAGCCACCACUUACAGAACUCAUUUGAUCAAUGAUUUUAUUUGCGGAGGGGUCUUGGGUGCUAUGCUGGGUUUCCUCUUUUUCCCACUGAACGUUGUGAAGGCCCGCAUGCAGUCACAGAUUGGUGGGGAAUUCCAGUCUUUCUCCAAAGUCUUCAUGAAGAUCUGGCUGGAGCGUGACCGGAAAGUGACACAGCUCUUCCGAGGAGCCCACCUCAAUUAUCACCGGUCCCUUAUCUCCUGGGGCAUCAUCAAUGCAACCUAUGAGUUCUUGCUCAAGUUGCUAUGAAAAGUAGUUUCGGUGAAGUUCCUUUUUUCUCUCUUGUCCAAUCAGCCAACGUUGAGCUGUCCAUUUCCAGGGAGCAAAUUAGUCAUGAAAAAACUUGCAGUAUCAGCAGUGAGCUUUGGAACAUUUGAGGGAGCUUAUUUGCAAAACAGUAGUAGGUAAGGAUGUCAGUUGUUUGGUUCAAUGCCUGCUUAGUUCAAAAUAGAAUUGCAUUCAGUCUGACUAAUGUCCUUUAAGACUAUGGGCAUGAGUGAGUGGCAGCGGGAUAUCUAGUUGGUUGAAUUGUUUCCUUUUGUGUGAGCUUGUGAAUAGUAGAUAGAUUCACCCAUAGCUUAAUAAACUGAUUUUUGUGUUGGCCUGUACACAGCUCGCUCCAGAUCACCUUCCGCCUCUCGCAACACUCCUGGUGAUCCAAAGAACGCACUUUGAAGAAAUGUAAACAGGACAGAAGAUUCACAGAUGCUAUUUCCUGUUUGGCCUCCUUUGUAAAAUAUAGCUGCAUGUUGUAAAAAGUGGCCAUCGAGCUACCACGUUGCUUUCUCCCUGCAUUUUUUUCUUUCACUCUUUGAAAAGAGACAGCCAAAACUGUAAAAGAGAUGUAAACCUUAAAAAAGUUGUACAAAACUUGUCAAAUCAUUUUUGCUAGACAGUUGAGACGAAUGGCAUCUUGUCAAGAUUGAAUAUUUAAUUUCAGAGACUGAAUUCUGUAUCACUCCAGUGAUGAACUAGCUGGUGAACUACUGUCGAAGAAAAGUUGGGAAAAGCAUUAUCAUUUGAAAAGCUUUACAAUUCCCUUCCUGCUAGAUGCCGUCACCUAACUUGUCAAUGUUGAUUUUUGUUUUGUAGUUUAUACAGCUAAUUAGUUGCAAGAGGGUUCGCUACCCAGUGGGUGGCUUCCUUAUAACCUGCUUUGGAAAGUGGGGGGCAAAUCACAAAUGACAGCAUCAGAAUCAAAAUAAAGCGUUUUAAAAUCUCACUGAUUUUAAUGGGAUGUAAAA